AUGAAGGUUCGAACGGCGAUAAAGAAACUGUGCGAGGCGUGCAGGAUCGUGCGACGGCGCGGGAGGCUGUUCGUGGUGUGCACGAAGUCGCCGAAACACAAGCAAAAGCAAGGCGUGCACACGGGGGCGCGGGAGCGCGGAGGCGGAGACACCGCGACGACGUUCGCGGCGAGCGGGGAAGAAGCGUUGGCGACGACGUGCUGCGAAAGCGUGCGAGGGGGGGGGGGAUUCGGCGCGCGCGGAUUGGCGUUGACGGGGAACUAUCGACGACACGCGGCGAUGCCGUCGCUCUUGCCGAGAAUCGCGCAGUUUUAG